AUGCUACCUUCCAAGACCAACCAACAUCAGCGUUCGACACCUUCAGUUGAUACGUCCUUUACGCUUAGUCUCGACCUGUCUACCUUCCCUAUAAAUUUCAUGGACACUUAUCGUCUUGCCGCAUCCGCAAUAGGCAUGAAGAAGGAACUCCAUGCGGCCGACGUUCCAGACAGCCGCACUUCCAAGGUCACGGCUGGGUGCGACGAUGCUGGUCAACACCAUGAACUUCAGCCACAUAUAUGCACGCGCGCUACAUGGAGAUAUGGUCCCCCGGUCUCUCUGGAACCGCGAGCGUACCAUCGAUUCUUGCAGGGCGUUGUUGACAUUCAUCUCUCAAAAUUUAGCAACCCCAGACAGCUGAUAAUGGCAAUUGCUGAUACAUUCGACGCACAUAGACAAUUGCUUGUAUUAUGCGGCAUUCUUCAUCGGAACGUUAACGACAACAACGUCAUGCUUGAUGAAACCGGCAGAGGAAUCUUGAACGAUUGGGAUAUGGCCAAAGGGUCGAGAGCUUCGGAGGGUGCUGUGUUUCCGCAGGACGAUCUUGCUCUCAAUUCUUAUCGAACGGGGAUGUGGUAUUUCCUUUCAGCUCGGCUCCUCAAGAAUCCGCUCAAGAUACACAGUGUGCAAGACGACCUCGAGUCCUUCUUCUUUCUCGUUCUCUAUUAUUCAAUCCGGUAUAUCCCUAACGAUCAAGGCAUACAGGAGCUGAAGGAACUACAUGCUGAGCUAUUUGAGGAGUGUAGGUGGAGAAGCGCGAUUGGCCAGUACGUUGGUGGCCAAGGGAAAUUUUUCAUGAUUACGGAGGGAUACCACUCUCUCAGCGUUGACUUCAUGGAUCAUAAGCCCCUUCAAAAGUGGCUCCGCAGCGCGUUGCGCUGUAUUGCCAGGUUUUAUUGGUACUGCAUUGACGUCGAACGGAAGCACUUCGAAGAGCACAAAGAUGAGGCACUUCCGGUACCCCGCGUACUUGUGCCUCCACUGCCUGCCACCAUCCUCCUCCACAAUCACGAAUAUUUUUCUUCGCUCUUUAAGACGGCACUCGAAGCGCCUGGGUGGGCGUCCACGCGCACGUACCUUGGCGAUGAACUUGAUCAAUACGUCCGAACUCGAGGAUCCAGACGGAUGUCGACGGCGGUGCCCCCUCGCAUCUGUGGACCACCGAAACGCCGAUUUUGCUAG